CGGCGCGCUUCAUAAAAAGGGCCCGGUGACAGAGAGGCCACACACACAACCUUGCCCUCUAUCACCGCAGACUGGUACGCGACAUAACGCGCUUGCUCCUUGGUCGGCUAUGGCGCAAUGCAGUGCGGGUAACUCUUGCGCGAACCCAUCGGUUCCUUCUGACCAACGAUCGGAUUCCAAUGCUUCUUCGCCAUGCGCCUCUCAUCUUGAGAGCGUGCUGUGGGCCAAUGGUCGGCCCGUGCCACUCUGUGCCAACUGGAAUACAGUGCGAGAGCCACGGACCCGAAGACCACCAUCGCCAUUCUUCAAGUCGCCACUUCCGCCUUACACUGUCAUGGCACCGUCGACUCCAGUAGCGUCCGAAAGCCCCCGGUGCCUCUUCAACGACUGCACACACCCCGCCGCCUUGCCGUCCCUCAAAUGCGCGUUCCACAAAGGCCGCGGCAAGUGCAAACGCCCCGACUGCCACAACCAAGUGUACGCGAGGCAGUUGUGCGUGCGCCACGGCGGCAAGAAGAUCUGCAUCGAGCCGCACUGCACGGCGCACGCCCGCGGCAACGCGUACUGCCUCAAGCACGGCGGCGUCGCCAAGCGGCGGACGUGCGAGGUCGACGGGUGCGUCAAGCUCGCCCACGCGAAUCACAAGUGCGUCGCGCACGGAGGCGGUCGGUACUGCAAGUCGCCGGGGUGUACAUUUCACGCGCGGUUCGCGGGGCUGUGUCUCCAAUGCAACUCGGACCUGGCGCCGCUCGACCGUCGAAGCGCGCUCUUGUUGCCGCUGGACGACAUCGACUUCUCCAUCCUGCAGGUGCUGGCGGUGGAACUCACAGCAAUUCAAGGCCACGUGCCAGUGGUCAAGGCAUGGAAGCGUGAUGACCAGGUCCGUAAUAUAGUUCAAACAUGACGUGGUCGUGCCCA